UUCAUAACUUAAACUUGUUUUCAUCAGAUGAUUUACACCCAACGGAAUAUCUUUAAUAACAUAAUUAUAUUCUUUAAAGGGAGUAAGGAGCUGGUACAACCUUGAGUUUUGAGAUGCCACAUUCACUGGCAGCAGUCGUCACGACUGGUCGCCAUAUUAAAACUGAGCGGAACCUGCGUCGACACGUCGCGAAGUGAUCGCGAAGGGCCUCUCUUCAAAACAAACAUCGAUUUACACCCCGGGAAUAAUUUAUGCAUCGGACUGAAAAGGUAAUUGUGUUCUCAGACAGGAUUUGUCUGGGAGGGACGUUUCUGUUUUAGAAAGUUUGAUGAGUAUUCUUUGAUGAGAGAUGAGUACUCUGACCCAGCGGAGCUCCGGCCUGGUGCAGAGACGCACCGAGGCGUCGCGCAGCGCUGCAGCCGCAGACAGAGACCGCGGAUCCGGUGACGAGGACUACGAGCCCCGCCGCGUAGACGAGCAGGACGAGGAAGACAGCGGCGACUCCAAGGAAACCAGACUGACCCUGAUGGAAGAAGUGCUGCUGCUGGGGCUAAAGGAUCGAGAGGGCUACACCUCUUUCUGGAAUGACUGCAUUUCGUCAGGCCUGAGGGGCUGCAUGCUCAUUGAGCUGGCCUUACGAGGGAGACUACAGCUGGAGGCCUGUGGAUUGAGGAGGAAAAGCCUGCUUGCCAGGAAGGUUAUAUGCAAGUCUGAUGCUCCGACGGGGGAUGUGCUGUUGGAUGAAGCUUUGAAACACAUAAAAGACACUCAACCGCCUGAGACCGUGCAGAGCUGGAUAGAGUUGCUCAGUGGCGAGACGUGGAACCCAUUAAAGCUGCAUUAUCAGCUACGUAAUGUUCGAGAGCGCCUGGCCAAGAAUCUUGUAGAGAAGGGCGUUCUCACCACAGAGAAACAGAACUUUCUUCUCUUCGACAUGACCACGCACCCACUUACCAAUGAUAACAUUAAGCAGCGCGUUAUUAAGAAGGUGCAGGAGGCCGUACUGGACAAGUGGGUGAACGACCCUCACCGAAUGGACAAGCGUGUUCUGGCCCUUAUUUUCCUCGCAAAUUCCUCUGAUGUUCUAGAGAAUGCGUUUGCCCCACUGCUGGAUGACCAGUACGAUCUGGCCAUGAAGAGAGUACGGCAACUUCUGGACCUGGAGCCUGAGGGCGAAAGCAUGAAGACCAACACCAAUGAGUUGCUCUGGGCUGUUGUGGCUGCAUUCACCAAAUGAAGCUGGUUCGGUUCUGGUGAAUGUGGGACAAAAAAAUUAAACAUUGGACUGGUAAAAACAGGUUUGAAGAAUGUUUGAAAUGGUGUUUUUAAAUGGCGUUUUCAUUCCUUGUAGUUACCUCCUUUCCUUGCUUCUCUCUCUGCAAAAUUAAUCAUUGGUUUGCUUUCUUUUGUUUGAAAAGGGAUGAGAAAGCAAGCACACAGAUUUACUUUCUCCUACUUACAUUGUUUGUAUGUUUGUUCAGUUGAAUGCAAUUAGGUACCCAAUCACCGUAGACUGUUGGAACAUUUACCUUUUGCAUCACUGAAUCAAGAGUCUUGUUUUUCAACAAAUAUUUGCCUCAACAUAUUUGUUGGGUAUGUAACAGAUUUUGCAAUUCAAUAAUUGAGAAGAAAUCACUAUGGUUGUUUUUUCUUUUAACCUUCAGUUUCUGUAGUUUUAUGCAUUUAAUUGGAAUCAGUGUGUGAGAAGCUGUGUACACUCACUAAAGCAGUAUCUAUUUAUGGUUCAACUGAACAGAUGUACAAGAAAAUAAAGUACAUUGCAGUGUAUCAUUUAUUUUACCUGACCUAAUUCAAGUUGUUUUCACUUGUUUUCAUAUUGAUAUUGGAGCUAAACAAGUUGUUAAGGACUGAUCCCAUUUUGAUAAUAGAUUAGUAGUUUGUGGUGAGUGUGGUAGAGCUAGACAGUGUCAGGUUCACACAACUGAAAUAAAGAAAGCUGCCCAGUGUUGCUGUCCAAACAGCAUUGAUAUUUGAUGGCCAGUAAAUUCAAAUUCUGAAUGGAAACUUAAGUGCAGGCUAUUCAGGGGCCCUGUCUUGACUUUACUGGCUGAGAGUUGACAGUUUAUAUGCAAGGACAACAGUUGCUCCGUGUUAAGUGGAUACCAUAUUCAAACAGAAAAGUUUGAGACCAAAUUUCUCUUAGAUUUUUGAUAAAGGUACCAUCCAGAUUCCUUCCGUUCUGCCGAUAAACACCCUACAAAUUCUUUAAACUACCUCUCAGACUUCGCCAUUUAUUAUAAUUAAUUUUAAAACCUUUUUGUCAGCUUGAACUGAGUUGUACUUUUACGUGCCUGAAAUUGGUUACAGGAUGGGUAGCUAAUAUGUACUGUAGCUCUUUGUAACAUGGCAUUAAUGAAGCUAGAUAUAGAAAGCAUUGUUGCUCCAUAGUAAAGUAAUUUUUAUUUGUCUAGUGCUUUUCACAAUACACAUUGUUUCAAACAAGCUUUCCAGAAAAUCAUGCUGUAAUGUCUGAAUUGUCUUAAAGUCCACGUUGAGCAGUUUCAUUGAAAAAAGUAAUUGAAGGACAUGUCUUAAAAUUGUUUGUCUUUUGAACCCCCCCACCACCCCCCCGUGGGGAACCAGGCUCGACUGGGGUUGAGUUCCCUUCUGGCUAUACAGUAUGAACAUAAUGCCAAUAUCAGUUAGCUAUAUGUAAUACAAGUCAUGUAUUAAUUGAGUAAACGGAGUAGAUUUUUUGGUAGGUAAUGUUUAAAUCUAAACGAUACUGAUUGAAAUGUCAGAAUAAUGAUUAAGUGUCUUAGAAGCCUAUCCCGAAUUGACUCGGAAGUUCAUGUAGAUGCAGCGACCCCUGCUUUUUGGCUGGUUGCCAUUCAUUUAUGGUCUAUGUAUUCCAUACCAUAGAGGAGUGAUGUUGGCAGUGGGGGCGUGUUGAAGCGGGUUUCGCCCAGGGUGCCAAACAAGCUAGAACCGCUACUAGCUACAGUUGUCUUAAUACUCUUUGUAUAUGCCUACCAAAAAAUAAGAAGGGGGCCAUAAAAAAUUUAUUUUAUGAAAUAAUCUUUCCUUAAAGAGUUUUGAAUGUCAAAAGAUUAUGCUUGUGACUUCUCUGACAUUUUCAUUGUCAUGUACACCCAACUUACAGACCUGGGGUGGGGGGGGGUUUGUUCAGGUGUCUGAACAGUGUCUCAGAGUAAAGGAAAUUAAAAUUAUGUGUAGCUUUAGAGCUGACUAAAGGGACCCCAAUGUAUAUACAUUCUUUUUAACUGAAAUAAACUAUGGUCUUGAAA